AUGGGCGCAAAAUUAACUAAAAAAAAUUCCUUCGCUAAAAACUGUGAACAACUCAUUGAAGAAUCGAGGCUGGCUCACAUACUGAAAGAAGAACACCAUCAAAUAGUGCAAGAAAACGUCCCCUACUCCUGCUACGAAGUAUUGAAGCUUAAAAACUGGUCAAAAUGUAGAUACUGGAACACAUCCAUCUUCGACCGCAAUCGGGUGAUCCUCAAGACAGAAGACGGAGGAAGUGACUUCAUUAAUGCCAGCUACGUCGACGGUCACAAUGCUAAGGGAAGGUUCAUAUGCACCCAGGCACCACUCGAAGAGACAGCUAACGAUUUUUGGCAGAUGAUAUUCUCCCAUCAAGUCCGGGUAAUUGUCAUGCUGACCAGAAUAAUGGAAAAAGGACGUGAGGCUUGUUACCCGUACUGGAACCCCAAAAAGCGGGGAAAAGCUGUCCAUGGCAAGUUCACAAUCAAAACUCUGAAAAUCAAGUCCUUCCGUUACUACGCGGUGACUAAUUUACAAGUAACAGACAAUACUGGAGCUUCAUUAGACGUCCAGCAUUUCGCCUACACCGACUGGCCCCAUAACAGCCUUCCUCGGAAUCCUUCAAAGUUUCUGGACUUCGUUCUCGCGGUCAGAGAGGCUCAAUUAACGGCAGAUGUGGAUAACAAGGGUAAAAACAUCCCUCCUAUAGUGGUUCACUGCAGCGCCGGUUUGAAUCGUACUGGGGCUUUUUGUGCUAUUGAUGUCAGUUUGUCUCUAUACAACGAGAGAGCAACGAUUAGCCUUUCAUCGAUAGUGCGUAAUCUGCGUAAGCAAAGGCAUAAUUGUUUGUCUUUACCUCAAUACUAUGUCUUCUGCUACUUAAUUGUCUUGAUAUAUGCUAAGUUAGUUGCUGAUAAGUAUUAG